CUUGACAGUCUCACAUCGUUCGCUAUCGCUUGGGGCAUUCACUCGCAUCAUCACCAUCAUCCAGCCCAGGCCACAUCAGGCCUAAUUGUCGUUUAAACACAUUGUUUAACUUCUGUUUAAACGGUCGUGCCUCCUUUUAGUGCGUAGUCAUCGAUGAAAAUGCCCCUUUUGGUGUGAGAAGUCAUUGGAAUAAUCAGUUGAUCAAAGUACUCGCAAACUUCUGUGGAAUUCUGUGCAAUCAGAAUGAAAACCUUUUUGGCCCUACUCUGCUGGGCAGCAGUUGCCUUGGUAAAUGGACAAACCAGUCGAAGCCUAACAGUCGACUCCCAUGACAUCACCGUUCUGCUGAACUCCAACGAGACUUUCAUUGUCUUUGCCAAGGAAGAUCUAACAGCGCCUGUGAGCGUCAGACUAGUGAAAGAGCAUGACGAUCACUUGAACUUGGAUCCUGAGUCAUUCAUCUAUGCAGCGGGUGCAACUGGCAACCAGACGGUGGUGAUAACCGGCCUAAGGGCUGGCUAUGUGGCCGUCACAGCCAUCGAUGCUGCCAACGAAAUCAUUGAGGAUGUCUAUCUGCGCGUCACUGUGGCCAUGUCGAAGGGCCUCAUCUACACCUCCAUUGUGUUUGGUUGGGUUUACUUUGUGGCCUGGUCCGUCUCCUUUUAUCCACAAAUUUGGAUCAACUUUCGGCGCAAGUCGGUGGAGGGUCUCAACUUUGACUUUGUCAUCCUGAACAUUGUGGGCUUCACCCUCUACAGCAUGUUCAACUGCGGCCUGUACUUCUUUGACAGCAUGCAGCAGGAAUACGAGAGUCGGCAUCCGCGUGGCCUCAAUCCGGUGAUGCUGAACGAUGUGGUCUUCUCGCUGCAUGCCAUGUUUGCCACCAUCAUAACAAUCGUUCAAUGCUGCAUCUAUGAGCGCGCUGGUCAAAGGGUCUCGUGGACGGCCUACUCCUUGCUGAGCGUCUUUGCUGUGGUCGUCGUUGUGUCCGCCUCGCUGGCCGCAGCCUCUGUGCUCCACUGGCUGGACUUUCUCUACUACUGCAGCUAUGUGAAGCUGGCCAUUACCAUAAUCAAGUAUGUGCCGCAGGCGCUCAUGAACUACCGCAGGAAGAGCACAGCGGGCUGGAGCAUUGGCAACAUUCUGCUGGACUUUACCGGUGGCACGCUGAGCAUGCUGCAAAUGAUUCUAAAUGGUUUCAACUAUGAUGAUUGGGCUUCGAUUUUCGGGGAUCCCACCAAGUUUGGCCUGGGCCUGUUCUCGGUGCUCUUCGAUGUGUUCUUCAUGCUGCAGCAUUAUGUGUUCUACAGGCACUCGAGCAAGUCCUCAAACUCUGACCUCACCACCGUCACAGAAGCCACAAACCAAACACCCAUCGAGCCUAGACACGAGACUACCGAGAAAUAUUAGUAGAGCUUUAAUAUGUCCGCUGUAGUCGUAGUUGUAGUUGCUAUUUGUGUGCCUAUUUAUAUUAUU